AUGGGAGGUUCAGGACCUGGUCUCCUGUCCCUGGUUGGCUUUGCUGGAGCAGGGCUCCUAGUCUACCUGGCGUGCCUCUGUGAUUCAGCAGCUUCUCAGCGGGUUCCCCUCCGCUUGUCCGACGGUCCUCACCACUGCGCCGGCAGGGUCGAGGUCUUCUAUGAGAACCAGUGGGGAACGGUCUGCGAUCACGGCUGGGACCUGAGUGAUGCCAGCGUGGCGUGCCGGCAGCUGGGCUGUGGAGCAGCGUUGUCGGCUCCUGGGGCCGGGCAUUUCAGGGCAGGGUCCGGUCCCAUCUGGCUGAAUGAUGUCAACUGCACGGGGACGGAGGCGGCCUUGUCUUACUGCAGGUUGAAGGGCUGGGGGAAGAACAAUUGCCACCACAGCGAAGAUGCCAGUGCGGUGUGCUUGGGUAACAUGCCAUGGGAAUUACAGGAGGUCCGCCUGGUUAAUGGCCCGAGUCGCUGCUCUGGAAGGGUUGAGGUGCUGCACAACCAACAGUGGGGAACUGUGUGCGACGACGACUGGAACUACGUUGAUGCCAAUGUGGUGUGCCGGCAGCUGGGCUGCGGGACCGCGGUCACAGUGUACGGUGCAGCUCACUUCGGCCAAGGGUUGGGUCCCAUCUGGCUGGACAACGUUCAGUGCAGUGGGAGCGAAGCUGCCCUGUCCGAAUGCCAGGCCAAACCUUGGGGUGACACCAACUGUGGCCAUGAAGAAGAUGCCAGUGUAGUAUGCACAGAACGGCCCCGGCCCCGGCUGCGCCUGGAGACCGCCCCCGGCCGCUGCGCGGGACGUGUGGAGGUUUUCCAUCACCGUCAGUGGGGGACGGUCUGUGACCACAGCUGGAGCUUGGCCGAGGCGACAGUGGUCUGCCGGCAGCUGGGCUGCGGGACGGCCGUCUCAGCCCCGGGCUCAGCUUAUUUUGGGCAAGGGUCUGGUCGCAUCUGGCUGGAUGAGGUGAACUGCACAGGGACAGAAGCCGCCCUCUCCGAAUGCCCGGCCAACAUGUGGGGCUCCAGCAGCUGUGACCACCGGGAAGAUGCUGGCGUGGUGUGCUCAGAUAGCAACGCCUCGAGGCAGAGUCCACUACGUCUCAUGAACGGCUCGAACAGCUGCCUGGGUGAGGUCUUCCAUGAUCAGAAGUGGGGAACUGUGUGUGAUGACACCUGGGACAUCCACGAUGCUGCCGUCGUAUGCAGGGAGUUGGGCUGCGGGACGGCGCUGUCAGCACCAGGCUCAGCUUAUUUCGGGCCAGGGUCAGAUCCCAUUUGGUUGGACAACGUUCAUUGCCACGGGUCUGAAUCCGCCCUCACCAAGUGUGAGCUGAACGACUGGGGAGAGCACAACUGCCAACACAGCGAGGAUGCUGGUGUGGUGUGCUCAGGUUCUGACCCCUUGCAGGUCCGGGUGAAGAAUGGCCCCAGUCCCUGUGCGGGGCGGGUGGAGGUCCUCUACAACAGGACCUGGCGUGGGGUGUGUGGUGGCACUGGCUGGAGCCUGCUGGAAGCUGAGGUUGUCUGCAAGGAGCUGGGCUGCGGGCCAGCCCAGUCAGCCCCCGUGGGAGCCCAGUUUGGCCAGGGGGAUGGUCAAGCCUUGGUGGAAGGGCUGAGCUGCCGGGGAACUGAGUCGCUGCUCCUGGAGUGUCAGCAGAGGCAGAUGGUCCUGGGACUGUGCAGACAUGGCUUGGUGGCCAGCGUGGUGUGCGGAGAGCAGAAAG